AUGGUGUAUGGUCACAAUAAUGAUAAGUUGUUAGCUAGUACUAUUCGUCUUCAGGCUGUUGAUGUAUCUCCUUUCCGUCUUAGAGAAGGUCUUGUUAAUAAAUUAACCUAUGUUACCAAGAAGGGUGAGCUUGAGCGUGCUACAAAGUCCAAACGUUAA